UAUAAAUAGUAGUAUUGAACGUUAAAGUAGGUACUAUAACAUUGAUCAAUAAAAUCAGAGUAAUAACAAAAUAGUUGUAGACUAUUCGUUGACAAGAUGAAUUCAAGUAUUUUGGUAGUUUUAAUGUGUUUGUGCGCUGCACAAUUUGCUUUCGGCUCACAGCAUGAGAUUAAAGAUGGAAAAUGUUCCAACGCAUCUCAGGAUGAUCUAGUAUUUCGUGAUCAUAUAAACAAAGCUUCAAUUCCUUUCAUUAAAAGAGAUGAGAAGGUUGAAUGGCAUGGAGACACAACCAUUUACUGCCUACAGGUCACCACCGAUCAAGAUGAAUCAAAAGGUGCUACAGCUACUGUAAAGGAAGGAGGUGUUGGUCAUUCUUUUGUGACCGUCAAAGUAGAGUCUGGUAGAGGACAUAGUUUGGAUUAUUACGUAAAAGUUUACGCUAAGUAAUAAAUGUAUUAUUUUUUAUAUUAUAAAAUAAAAUACAUGAAAAUCA